AGUAUUUUUGUUGUUUAUCUCACAAAACAUAUGAUUUGCAAAACACCACAUAUUUUGCACUCAAAUAAGUCAUUCAUUUGAUCCAUAGUUUCGUUUGAUUAGCAUUUAGUGGUCACUCGUAUGUCAGUACUGGUCAUCAGGCAACUGAUCCGCCGCUCAAGACAUCCACUCAACGCGUACGCCAACCGUAAGGCCAUUACACAUACACCGCGUGUGCGCCUAUCAAUGAACACCAACACCACCGCCGAUGACAACAGCGGUCGCACCGGUAGGGGAGAGGCCGACGGCGCCGAACAGUUGACAGGAGGUACGGGCGCCGGUAUCGCAGCGGUUCAGGUGGGAACUGGCGGUCAGCAACCGGUGCCCAAACAGUGGCGCCCGAACCCGGAGCUCAUGUCGCUGUUGACGGAUAUGGGUAUCAGUGGUGUGGCCGCCAAGAAGGCGCUGUACUAUACGGACAACCAGUCCAUCGAGUUGGCC